CAUGGAGUUUAAUGGUUUAUCGAAGGAUCAGGACCAUCAGCAUCAGCAGCAGCAACCUCAACGACCUCCAUUAUACGAAGCGAAUGGUGUCACAGCCGGAACCAGAUCUGUACAAGAAGGCUGGAGUUUUGACGUUGUUUGGCAAACGAAAAUCUCCAACACCACCUCCUUCGACGUACUGGUCAAGUUCCUGGGGGAGUUCUUCGGGACGGCAACACUCAUGUUUCUUGGCUGUAUGGGUUGCCUGGAUGGAUUCGAUAAUGCGACGAGUAACUUCAGCCGCGGCAUCGUCUUCGGUUUUACCGUGAUGAUUGUAAUACUGACGUUCGGUGUUGUAUCCGGAGCGCAUAUUAAUCCGGUUGUUUCGAUAGCAGCCUACAUCUAUGGGGAUCUCUCAGCGAUGAUGACGCUAGUAUACUUUGUGGCUCAGUUUGCCGGGGCCAUAUGUGGUUACGGAUUGCUGAUGGCAGUAGCACCGGCCACCUACUUCGACGAUGCACUGGUAACGGGACGCGGAAGCUGUGUGACGGCACCACACGACAGCUUGUCUACUGGCAGUGCUCUGGCCAUUGAGUUUCUCGUCACUGGGAUACUAAUUUGGAGCUGCUGCGGUGUUUGGGAUCCGCGCAACGCAAAACAUCAGGAUUCGGGUCCACUCAAGUUCGCGCUACUAGUCGCUGCCAUUUCAGUUGCCGCCGGACCAGCGACUGGUGCCAGCAUGAACCCGGCUAGAACGUUAGCUCCUUGCUUGUGGAACAACAGUUAUCAUAAAAUUUGGAUCUACUUUGUUGGACCUCCGCUGGCUGGUAUAGUGAUGCCGAUCUUCUACAAGUACAUCUUCCGUAAAGAGGUGACACCGGAUAGUGCAACAGAAGCAGAACCACCGCGAGAGCAAGUGUGUGUCUGUGUUGUUCACAAUCGAGAGUCUAACGAUGUGAAAGUUUAAGGAAAGUUUCCUACCCAUUGAUAUUAAAAAGCAUAAAAAAAACAAACAUUUCUAUGAAAUGUUUUACACGAUGUUUAGCAAGGGAUCUCUUAUAGAGUUAACCGCAUUUAUCAAUGAGGAAUGGUUUCAAACCAUCGAAAUCUAUGGGCUAAGGGUUUCCUGCACUAUAUCCAACUUAUUAUAAAGUAUCUAUAUUUAAAAAUAACCUUUAACCAACUAGCUACGGGCGAGUCAUAGCUCGUUCUCUUAUAUGUUAAAAAUAAAUAAUU